AUGAAUAAUACCACGACGAGUACUACCACUUCUUUGUCUUCUUUGUCUUCGCGCUUUAGGAGGAGUGCAAAAAAGAACAACAACAAUAAGAACAAUAAGAAAGAAGCGACGGGGAUUUUCCACCAACGAGAAGAAACGAGACAACAACAACGAAGGAGGAGGAGAAGAAGCGCGACAACAAACGCGGCAGCAUCGGGGACGAAAACAGAAGGAGAACAACUUCACCUCUCGGCGUUAGAACAGUCGGAAUUAAUCGACGAUACCGAAGAUUUCCCGAUCGAUGCGAACACUAAGUUCGAACCGACGAUUGGUAUCGAAACGCACGUGCAGUUGCAAACGAAAACGAAGGCGUUUUGCGGGUGUCAAUAUUCUUACGGCGCGAACGCGAACACGCAGAUUUGUCCAAUAUGCAUGGGACAUCCCGGGACGUACCCGAAACUGAGCGAAGAGGUUGUGGAGAAAGGCGUGCAGAUUGGUGUCGCGUUGAAUUGUAAAAUCCGCGAGGUGAGCAAGUUUGAUAGGAAGCAAUAUUUUUAUCCGGACUUGCCGAAAGGGUACCAGAUUUCUCAGUUCGACGAGCCGUUGUGCGAACACGGGAACAUUAAAGUUGUCAUUCCAGUGGAAGAAGGCGGGGGAGAAGCGACGAUUGGGAUUACGCGCGCGCAUUUAGAGGAAGACGCGGGGAAAUUGAACCACGUGGGCGGAUCCGGAAACGUCUCCACGGCGACGCACUCGUUGGCGGAUUAUAACCGAGCCGGUGUCGCUUUGUUAGAGAUUGUCACCGAACCGGACUUUAAAAACGGGAAGGAGGUUUCUGCCUACGGUCAAGAGUUGCGAAGAAUCGUUCGAUAUUUAAAAGCCUCAGAUGGGAACUUGAACGAAGGCUCCAUGCGAUGCGACGUCAACGUGAGCGUAAAACCAGUCGGGAGAAAACGAUUCGGCACGAAAGUCGAGGUGAAAAAUAUGAACUCGUUCAACGCGAUGGCUCGGGCGAUCGAUUACGAAAUCGAGAGACAGGAAAAGCUGUACAAGGAAGGACGAGGCGAUGAGAUUGUUCAAGAAACGAGAACGUGGGACGACCAAAAUCAGCGAACGGUGACUAUGCGCAAAAAAGAGGGCUUGGCGGAUUACCGCUACUUCCCCGAACCGGAUUUAAAUCCACUCGUGUGUUCGCAAGCGUACGUCGCGAACGUUCGAAAGGAAAUGCCAGAGUUACCGAACGAAAUUCGCGACAGGUAUAAAGCGUUAGGGUUACCGAACGGCGACGUACAAGUUCUCGUGGAGGAUGAAAACUUGGUUCGCUUUUACGACGAGAUUUUAUCCGCGAAUAGUUCUAGAAGUAGCGAAGAAAAAGAAGUCAACAUCUCGAAACAAGCCGCGAACUGGUUAACGAACGACUUAUUAGCCUUCGUAAAGAACGAAAAGUUAGCCACGCCGUACGAUUUAAAGUUAAAUCCAGAGGAAAUCGCGGAGUUUUGCUUCCUCAUUGAAAACGGCGAGAUUUCCGGCAAAAUCGGCAAAGACAUCUUGCCCGAGUUGUUACUCGACGGCGGUUCUCCUCGUAAACUCGUCGAAGAGAAAGGCUUGAUGCAAAUAAGCGACCCGAAAGAGAUUGAAAAGAUUGUUCAAAAAGUCUUGGAUAUGAAUCCAAACCAGCUCGAGCAGUACCGAUCGGGGAAGACAAAGUUGAAAGGUUUCUUCGUCGGCGCGUGUUUAAGAGAAAGCGGUGGGAGAGCUAAUCCGACGUUGACCGAUGAGAUUUUGAUGCGUAAAUUAGAGGAAUAA